AUGACCGAAGACGAGUACGACAAACUCACGCCAGAGGAGCGAGCAGCGAAGGACAAGGCUGAUCGUGAGCGCGAGGCGGGCGAGCAGGCAGCGCUUCCUUACUCGUGGAAGCAGGAGCUUGGCGAGGUCGAUAUUGUCGUACCAGUUCCUAAAGGGACACGAUCGCGCGACCUCGUUGUUGUUAUUGCAAAAAAGAAGCUGAGCGUAGGUCUGAAGGGCAAAGAGCCCAUUAUGUCCGGCGAAUUGUGCAAGGAAGUCAAGAUGGAUGACAGUACCUGGACGUUGGAGGACCAGCAAUCCGUUGAGAUCCAUCUCGAGAAGGUUAACAAGCAGCAGUGGUGGGAGAAUGUCCUUACACACCACCCCAAGAUCGACACCCGAAAGAUCGAGCCCGAGAACAGCAAGCUCAGCGAUCUGGAUGGCGAGACCAGGGGGAUGGUUGAAAAGAUGAUGUUCGAUAAUCAGCAGAAGCAAAUGGGCAAACCCACCUCUGACGAACUCAAGAAACAAGAGGCUUUGAAGAAGUUCCAGGCCGCCCACCCCGAGCUGGACUUCUCCAACGCGAAGAUCUCAUAA